ACAGUCCUCCCUCUCAUUUUUUGUGCGCCUUAAGUCACCGGAGACACAGUUCUUGAAUUCCUUCUGCACGUCGUCAAGCUGGCCGUAUAGUUCGAUAGCCUCCAUCUCGGCUCGGUUCUCUCCUGCCGAUGCUGCUCCAUUUGGGAGGUGCGUCGGGCGAGCGUCCUAUCAAGAGCCUGGGUCUAUGAUGGGCAAUGGUGCAAACAACGGGCGCCAGGCCCAGGAGAACUUGCCCCUCCACCAAGAAGAACCUCAGAUUAAGCAUUGAGGCAACGAGAGCGGUUUGCUGUGCCUCAACUCCUCUUUGCUCCUCUAGCUCAACCUCCCCUGCGAGACCCGCGAGGUUCUCCAUGAGAAGUGUGUUGUCUUUUGUCAAUGUGGGGUUCUUGUGUCUCAGCUUGGAGUUUCCGUCCAUCAGGCUGGAGGUCUCUUCUCAAAGUCUGGAAUUCUCCUCCCGGAUACUGGUACUUUCACCCCUCAGACUGGAGGUCUUCUCCUGCAAACUGCACUUCUCCGUCCGACUGGCGUUCUCGUCCCUCAGACUGGAAAGCUCCUCCCUUAGACCGGAAUUCUCUACUCCCAGUGUGCUGCUUUGCCCCCUGGCCUGCCCCAGUUCGCGCCUAAUCUUAGUUACCUCGGCACUGCUUUUUGUGAGCUGCGCUUGAGCACGCUGGUAAAGUUGUUCAAGUUCGGAGAUCCGAUUGUCCUGGGAGUCCAGCUCGUUCUUCAAUUCGGAGAUUCGUCUCAGCAGCUCCUCAUUUUCGGCUCUGCGAUCGCAAUCAAGCUUAUCUUGGUUGUCCAGAA